UUAAUAAAACAACACAUUAGGAAAGUUAUUAGACUUUUUUUUUCAAAGUUUUGUUCCCCUUUUUGUUAAUUCAAUUUAAGUGUAAAUAAAGUUGUUGUGGGGAGUAAUAUCAAAAUGAAUCUGCAUAAAUUAAAUUAAAAUAAAUUCCAGAAAAGUUUUUUUCCCCCCGAUUUUUAUCACAGCAGGUCCUCCAGCACUGAGGAGGAUGAGGAGGCGCAGUGACGAUGGAGCCAAUAAAUAAGGAGGGCAGAGAGGCGCGCGGGCAGAGGAGGCGCGGCGCGUUCGUGUGUACAGCGCGUGCUUUGCUGCGCAGCUCCUGUAGAGAGCGGUAGAUAGUUUUAAUAAGUGCUUACAGCGCUCCUCUUACUGUACUGUAUUCAAGCGGAGGGAGGAGCGAGCGUGUAGUAUUUCUUUCUUUUCUUUUCUUUUUUUUUAGCUCCUUUUCUCCACCUUGUCGUUGCAGUUCAUCCAAACGCUGCUAGAAGACAACCGAACUGUCCGCUUUUGGCUCUACGGCUCCUGCUCGGGAGGAGGACGGGGAGCUGUGCGCCGCAGGAGGGGAGCUUAUUUACGGUACGACGCUCAGCGGCCAGGCGGACGGCUACGUUCGGCGUGAGGAGGGUACGAGAGUGGCCGACACAAGUUGCAGCGGGCUGGGGGAGAGAACCCGGCUGACUUUCUCCCGCUUCCGCCUCGGUGCCCUACUUUCCACGCGGGUGUCCACCACGCCGCGAGGACUGGAAGUGACGAAUUCCUGUGUUGGAAUCGAGCUGGCGUCGAACACAAAGGGAGGACUCUGAAGUGAGGACGGCUGACCAGAGAGGACAGAGAAGGGCGCACUGUGCAACACUGCAGGCCUGGGGAGAUCAUAAACGCACACAAACACUUGCAGUAUCACUGGUUUUCUCCUCCUACUCCGGCUGUAACUCCUAAGACGGUUCCAGAAGGACCUUAACGUUCACCUCAGGAGCCCUCCAAAUCAUUCACAUUGGGCGUCUACCACCCUUCAGUCUUGCAGGGGGUUAACCCCCGCCCCCAUCACGGGAAUCCCAGAGAUGUUGUGAUUUACACUCCUGCUCCCACUCCACAACCGUCGAAUGACAAGUGUGCAUCCGAGGGUGGGGCUUGCCUCAGUCUCUCACAAUUGGUUGCUGGAUGGAAUUAAGGUGAAUGGAACACAUGCCCAAGGAGCAGGACUCUAACCCAUCAGAGGGCGAAGAAAAACAGUGGCUCAAUGGCCCUAAAAGGAAGAGGAAGAACAGCCAAUGUUCAGUGAAGAGUAUGACUGGGUAUAUUCCCAGCUACCUCGAAAAGGAUGAGCCAUGUGUGGUGUGUGGCGACAAAGCCACUGGUUACCACUACCGUUGCAUUACCUGUGAGGGUUGCAAGGGUUUCUUUCGUAGGACCAUUCAGAAGAGCCUCCACCCGUCCUACUCCUGUAAGUACGAUGGCUGCUGCAUCAUCGACAAGAUCACACGCAACCAGUGUCAGCUGUGCCGCUUCAAGAAGUGCAUCGCGGUGGGGAUGGCGAUGGACUUGGUGCUGGACGACUCAAAGCGGGUGGCGAAACGCCGUCUGAUAGAGGAGAACAGGGAGAAACGCAAAAAGGAGGAGAUGGUGAAAACCCUCCAGAGCCGUCCAGAACCCACCGUGGACGAGUGGGACCUGAUCCGCAUGGUGACGGAGGCGCAUCGAAACACCAACGCUCAGGGCGCGCAGUGGAAACAAAAGCGUAAAUUCCUGCCUGAGAAGAUUGGCCAGUCUCCUGUUGCCCCCACGUCAGACGGAGACAAGGUGGAUCUGGAAGCCUUCAGUGAGUUCACCAAAAUCAUCACCCCUGCCAUCACCCGUGUCGUGGACUUUGCCAAAAAACUGCCCAUGUUCUCUGAGCUGCCUUGUGAAGACCAGAUCAUCCUGUUGAAGGGCUGCUGCAUGGAGAUCAUGUCCCUGCGAGCCGCCAUGCGCUACGACCCAGACAGCGAGACGCUGACGCUGAGCGGGGAGAUGGCUGUGAAGCGCGAGCAGCUGAAGAACGGCGGCCUCGGCGUGGUCUCCGACGCCAUCUUUGAUUUGGGCAAGAGCUUGGCGCAGUUCAACCUGGACGACACAGAGGUGGCGCUGCUGCAGGCUGUGCUUCUAAUGAGCUCAGACCGCUCCGGCCUGACCUGUGUGGACAAAAUCGAGAAGUGCCAGGAGACCUACCUGCUGGCGUUUGAGCACUACAUCAACUACCGCAAGCACAACAUUCCUCACUUCUGGCCGAAGCUGCUGAUGAAGGUGACGGACCUGCGGAUGAUCGGCGCGUGCCACGCUAGCCGCUUCCUCCACAUGAAGGUGGAGUGUCCCAACGAACUCUUCCCCCCGCUCUUCCUCGAGGUUUUCGAGGACCAGGAGGUGUGAAACCAAGCUGCCGCGGUGCAAUGAAAAAGAGGACGGCUGCGCAAAAGCGGGAAAGGGGCUCAAGCCAUCACUUGUGAGGCGGGUCAGGGACGGGGGGAGGAGUCAAUAACCCGAACGGACGCACCAGCAAACGUGGGAGUGAGGCCAACAGCAUUUAUGUUUCGUGGACACCCUCUCCUCCUGUUUCAAGCCCUUCAGUCUGAGCAUGUGAGCUGCAGCCAUUUGCCAAGACAUGGACACAAACUCACAAACGCAGCCGAGUCGUUCAGAGCGGCACUCGUCGUAGAUCUCCGCCUCCUCCUCCUGGCAGUGGCGGUUUCAAAGCCCAUGUUUUUAGUGUCAAAGCUGGUGACACCUUGCAGUAUUACGUCUGGAGAAGUGUUAACGCGCGGAUCCAGAACAUAUGGACAGCGGUGACAUGUUGCUCGCAGUCAUACAGGCAUUCAGCAUACACUGAAAUUUCAGAGGACUUUUCUGAGCAUUUCUCUGGCGGAGCCGCCUCUCCUCUCCGAUUCCGGUGCUAUAUUUAUAGACGUCUGCUCCAGUUUUAUGAAACUGUGGUUUUAAGAACCGAGCAGACCUCGGCUCCAUUACCUACCUUCAUUUUUUUGUCAUCGGACCGGCUCCGUGACGCGCGGUGCACGCACUCAUCCACACACACAUGAAUGAGCAGAUCUGCUUCGUCAUUGCCAGUGCUGCCCGUGCCAGCAGCUUGUCGCCGUGUGAAUGACAAUGAAGCCGCCUCUCUCAGAGAGACUGCUACAUUGAAGGAAGCGGAGAACGAUGGGGGCCGCACUGCGCCGUCAGAUCCAGGGGGGUUGGGAGUAAAUCUUCCACCUCCUGCCUCCACAGAGGUUUGGAGCGCAGCAACCGCAACCAGCAAGACGGCAGAGCUCAUGUUGCACACAUCCGUCUCUCUUUGUUCGAGACACAUUUACACAAAAACACACAACUUCACCUCAGAGUAACGCAAACGCCUCGUUUUACUGUAUGCACUGCGCCGCAGUGUUGACUUGUGCAGCCCGCGCCUGCAGGGUUUCUCCGAGUCCGGUCUGCACAGACUGAGCUCUGCGUGGCCCCUCCAGGCUUCCGUACGCACCUGCCUUUUUGUUUUUUGGUGUUUUUUUCUGUUUUUUUUUUUUUUUUUACCAUGGGCAUAACUGAGAGCAGGCUAAUGCAAAGAAGGCUACCAUUUACCUCAAAGCGGACACACCCCAAGGCUGGGGCAGCAAUACUGCCCUGUGGUGUCAGGCACUACCUCACCUCUGUGGACACGGGACAGCUGCCCACAGCGUACACACGGACACACACCAGUGGAGGUGGCACAGAUGUGCGAAUUUUACGUUCAUAACACUCAGAUGAAACCCUCAGAGUUGUCACUUGGUUCGGAUGAAACACCACUGAGGGCCGACCAUCCCCCAGGGAACCCACCUUAUGUCUUUUCUUAUAUGGGACCAAGUGUCAUCUUUGUUUUUUUUUGUUUUUUUUUGUGAAAAGUAACGAGAGGACUUCAUCACAUGUCGGUCGAAGAAUGUCACAGAUUAUCCAAGCCCGCUCUGUUCCCUCCGAUUCUGGGGCCGACUGUCACCAAACGCGCCGCCGUAGGAGCAGGAGGAGGGAGAAACCGGAACGUCAUCUUCCCGGAACAACAAACCCCCAAGAGACCCAUCCACAGCUCUACGCCACAUCGCCCCCUCUGGAGCCCAGCUCAUGCCGGAUUAACCACAGAACCCACUCAGCCAGGCUGGUGGGAGUUUUUGCACUACCGCAGCAGUCCUCAGCCUCAUCAAGGUCGGAUCGAUACUCAUUAGUCGUCCCAAACGGGCUUCUCUGUGUAACAGAGGCUAACAGCUGCCACUGGUUCUGUCCAACAUCACCAGCCCACAAAUACUGGAGUCAUUUCAACUCAAAAAACCUCAUCUGGCUCUGACUCCCCCCACUCAUGAGACGGGCUUUAAAAGCCCCCCCUGGAGCAGCACCACCCAUUGAAUGUCAAGUAGAGUGAGAAUGUGACCAUGCAGGAGCAUCACGGCGACAUGGCUGACCAACACCCCCCCACCCUCAAGAGGAAGGAACCCCUGCUCCCAUGAUCCCACCCCCCCACAUGUGAGGGUCAGACAGAGAUCCCACAUUCCAGAGAUGCAGCCUUGAAGCUCGUCUUUGUUGAAAUGUAAAGAACAGAUCGGUGGAGCUGGCUGGGCCGGGGGGGGUAAUGCUGCUUUACCUGCAGAGGGAAGAAAAAAUAUGAUCCAUGAAACAAAAUUAGAAGAUAGGACUUCAACAAGAAAAAAAGACUCCUUGAAAAAGUGAUCGGAGAUCUGUGUUUUUUCCAUUCUCGUCAUUGUUUUCUUUCAUUUCUGUUUGUAUUUUGAGGCUUUAACUGCUCUGUGUCAUGAGAGAAGAAUAGUCACUUUGACCAUGUGUGCAGUGUAACAUAGAGAGCUUCUUUUCCACAUCUAUCGUUUGUGUCCGUACGCCAACCGAUGUGUCUGUCUGUCCACCUGUCCGUCCCUUUUUAUCCGGAGGAACUUACAACCAACGAAAAAGAAAUUUCUUUUAUAUGUAAUAUUCCUUUUUUUUAUGAAACACAGUUUUGGGAAAAGAAAAAAAAAAGCUGUAAAUAGAAUCCAACCUUAAAAAGAAACUGUCAUACCUCACACAACUCAAAGGAACUUGGGAGGAGAGUUUUUGCAGGCACAUGUGGCGAAAAAGAUUUUUUUUUUAAAAAGGCGUCGGUAGGAGCUACUAAAGGACUCUUCCCUCCAGCUCUGGGGCCCGGUUAUUGUUUCAGAUGGAGGAACGCGCCGGAAGGUGAAACCUUGAAGGCGGCGAGCUGAAAAAAGAAAACGAGGGACUCUGCAGAGUGUUUUAAUGGAACUGAAUGUAGCUGACAGAUUGAGGAGGGGAGGGGCGGAUAUGGGGGGGGGCAGGACCUGACCCCACAAC